AUGAACAGAUUGUUCGAAGACUUGCCGAGUAGAAACAGACAGAAUUUCUCGAAAGCGAAAAUUGUUACUGUCACGGAAAGAGCUUCAAAGUCUCCAGAAACCUUCCCCAAAUACAUCCACUACGACUCCGACGAUGACGACAACGCCCAACAGAUCGUCGCCGACAAGCCAAACCUGUACAAGAAAUUCAUGCACAAGCAGAUGGAACUGCAGCGCGAAAAAGAUCGUCCCGAACGAAAACGACCCUCCUGUUAUCCCGUCGAUCACGCCUCAAGCAAACUCCGAAAAUCCAACUAG